AUGUCUUCCGUCAGCACCGAGCAGCAAUGGUCCUUUUCCCAGCUAUUUUCUUCUGAAUUUUUGAAUGAUAAAACAGACCUCCAAAAUCGUAUAUCUGCGUGCAAGGAGGCUCCCUCCAUAUCGGACGAAACCAUUGCUGAACUGUUAGCUCGGUUCGCAAAGUUGACCAAGGAUCUAGCGGAUGCCGUGGGAUCACUGCCUGCUUAUGACCAGAAGGGGUACGGGAAUCAACUGAAAUCCAUCGAAGCUGCACUGGAGGGUCUGAGAAAGGCAUCUAAGCCAGUGUCCCGGUUUUCUUUCAAGAAACAGGCAUCUUUCAAUCAUUCUCAUCCUCUUCCGACCACCACCGUCGCCGUGGAACCUAUUUCUCAAGAACCCUCGCCAUCUCAAGCAUCAAUGCUGAACUUCAGCUCACGAUCUAAUGAACUUUUCACUGUUGACCUGUCCGACUUAUCUGCACGGGAUGUCAUGCUGUCAGAUCUAGCGAACUGUGUGGUAAAUCUUAUUUCACCUUCGGAAUUGACAAUCUCCGUCGUGCACGCUCAAAAUCUCCGGAAUGUCGUCCUUCUCCUACCCAUGAUACAGUCAAGUAUCAUGCUCCAUGAUUUGGACAACUGUGUGGUCGUCGUUGGGUGCCAUCAGUUCCGAAUGCACACAUCACGGACUGUUGACGUGUACCUUUCGAUACCCUCACAUCCAGUCAUUGAAAAUUGCUCUGGCAUUCGUUUCGCCGGAUAUCCUUCCGCUUUGCAGCGUGACAUACAGGUAUUGUCACGGAAAAGCAAACACUUAUCUGUCCAAGAUUUUUCACAUAUUAAAGCUACACCCUCCCCAAACUGGACUGUUUUGCCUGAAGACCAUCUACCCAUGUCCUGGCCCUUGGGCUCGACGACGGUUGGAGACUUUCUGACUUCCCUUUUGCCGUGCACUCGAUAA